CUCAACCACUUGGAACCACUCAUGUUUCAAUCACGAGAAACCAACCCUCAUUUUCAGCCUCGGGUACAACGGUACCCCCCACCCCAUGACUCAGAUGGUCCAAAUGUUCUAGGGUCACAAGUACCCCAACGGUUCCAACCAUCUCCUCCAUCUGAGUCACCCCUACCCGUGGUUCCACUCUUACCACACCCGAAACAACCAAGUUCUCAUUUGCCAAUAUCCUCCCCAGGGUCAGGGCAAGGGUCAGGGUCAGGAUCAAGGCCAGGGCCAGGGCCAGCACCAGUACCCGUGUCUAUACCUCCAAGGGGCCCACAACACUCACACCCCCCACAUACAACCCACCAAGGUACACCUUUCUCCCGCUACCCUUCACCCCCUCUAUUGGUCCCACCGCCACGAAAAACCAAACAUCUAACAUGGCUCAUUGCUAUAUGUUGUGCUUUGUUUUGGAUUAUUGUAAUACUCGGGGGCUUAAUUCUUCUCAUAGUCUACCUUGCGUACCGCCCACAUUACCCUAAAUUUGACAUUACUAGUGCGAGCCUUAAUGCCGCAUAUCUUGAUCUCGGGUAUCUUCUCAACGGCGAUAUCACUUUGCUAGCGAAUUUCACUAAUCCGAAUAAAAAAGUUAGUGUGGAAUUUCGAUACAUGGUUAUUAACCUUUACUUUGAAGGUACUCUUAUUGCUGCUCGGUAUGUUGAACCGCUAUCAGUGUCGCCAAGAGCGUAUAAACUUAGAGAUGUUCAUAUGGUCAGUAGCCAAAUCCCGUUUUCAAGAAUACGUGUUGCGCAUCUAAACGAGCAAAUGAGAACCGGAAGAGUCAUGUUUGAAGCAAAGAGUUAUCUUCGAACAACAUCUACUAUUGGUGGGUUUUUUCGUUACUCGUAUUGGUUAUAUGGGCAUUGUAAAUUUGCGAUGAGCAGUCCUCCUAGCGGAACUUUGGUUGGAAAAAAUUGUGUGACGAAAAGAUGACAACCGAAAACAAGAAGAUUUUGGUCUAAAAAUAUCGACGGGGAGAAGAACGCGAUGGCGAAAAUUAUAGUGACAGUUUAUUAUUGUUUUGAUUUUGAUUCGAAUAUGAUUUGCAAUGAUUUGUCUUUUAUAAGAUUGAUUGUAAAAUUGAUUAUGUGAGUACAUCUAUAUUGGCAAUGUUGCAUUUGCCAAGGUGUAUAAUGGAAUGGGUUAUGUUUUUGUAAAUAUUUUUAA